AUGGCUGACAAGAAUUUGAAUUCGCAUUCAGAAUCUUUCUAUGUAGAUUCCACCAAAACAUUUUCCAAAGAUGCAACUAUUGUGGAAGAAGUUCUUGGGAAAAAAGAGUUGGAAUAUUCUUUCGAAGCUACUAAAUUAAGUAAACCUAUAGAGGUUUUAACUACUACGGAUUCCAACGCCUCAGACUUGCAGGAAUCCUACAAUUCGUCCUCUCAGACCUCAAACGAAGUUCAUAAUAAAUCAGAGGAAACUGAGUUUUUGCUAAUUGACGAUUCAGAAUUUCCUUUAAAUGUCGAUGAAAAAGUUGUUUUAUUGAGUGAACCUACACAUCAAGACAGGCGCUCACUAUUCUCGCUGUUUGGCUACGAAUUCUCACUAAAACUCUGCUUUUAUAUGAUCAUUUUCGUCCUUACGAAUACGGCGCAGCCAUUGCUGAUUGUCUUACUGAAGAAGAACGGAGGGACGCCGAAGGGAACUUACACAUUUCUGCUACCUACCUACCUCGCUAUGGUCUGCGUUGGAUUCUAUCCGACAAAGAAGACGAUCUUCCAAGAAAACUGGAAGUACCCGAUUCUACUAUCUUUGUUGGACUUACUACACCAGGUUAUCGAGAAGGCUGGCCUGAUUUACUGUGGACCCUCAAUUUACUCGAUCGCAUCAAGCACGAAUACUCUGUUUCUCGCGCUGUUUUCUAAGGUUGUCCUCAAGCAGACGGUAACGAGUCUCACCUGGCUUUCGGUUUCACUCAUUUCCUUUUCGCUUGCAAUGAGCGGAUUCGUACAAAUAGACUACAUCGACUCGCAACACAUUCUCGGAUUUAUGCUCGUGACCUUGGCAUCGCUGGUGAGUGCACUCAACUCCAUAAUUGGCGAGUCGUUGCUGAAGCAAGAGAAGAUAGAAGGCCCUAAUUUGGUGUGUAUGAUGGGAUUGACCUCCCUCUCAGUAUUCUCGGCCUGGUCGGUCUUGUGGACAUUUCCGAAGCGGCGCAAGCUCUUUGCGACGGACGCGGACCUCAACCCGUUUGACCUGAAGAACGUUGUGAGCAUUUUGCUGGCGCUUCUCCUGUCGAACUUCGGAAGGUCGUCCGUAUACUACUACAUCAUCAAGAACUGUGGAUCGGUGUGUUGCGGAGUGCUUAAGGCGCUGAGAAUCUUCUUGAUCAUCUUGAUGGAUCACUACCUGUUCAAUUUCAUAGACGGCGGACAGAAGUUGUCACUUGGGAAGUUCAUAGCUGCACUGAUCUGUACAGUUGGAGUCAUUUCUUACUCCAUCGACAGAUCGGACCAUCAGUUUAAGAAUAAAUCAGAAUAA